AUAUUGUGUGUCGAUACGCAGAAAUAAAGUGAAGGAAUGCUCAGGAUGGGAAUAUCCCCGGAUCAGGCCACUCUGCCCUGAUGUCUGUGCUGACCUUGACGUCUAAUCUACUGACACCUGCCUCAACUACAGAGUGGAAUAAGCAGUCAGUGUUCGUCAGGAUCUCAGCCCGAAACGUCGACUGUUUAUUUUCCUUCCACAGAUGCCGCCUGACGCGUCGUUCCUCCGGCAGUUUGUGUGUACUGCUCUGGAUUUCCAGCAUCUGCAGAAUCUCGCUAGACUGUCUGUUAUUGGCCUUGUUCAGCUGGUUGCUGACUUCGGGAAGGGAGGAUGGUACACAUGCUCCUGUCUACAUCAACAGUGCUGAGGUCGCGAGCUUCGAGUUCCCAGGAGUGAACAUCACCAGCAGUCUGUCCUGGUCCUACCACGUGGAGACAAUGGACCGAGAAACUCACCAGUGCCUCUACUUCUGUAGGAAGCUGAAGAAUUUCAGCAUGUCUCCUCAGGGUUCUUUGGAAGACCCUGAGCUGGAGUUACACGCUGGCUUUGGUUCUUUGCGGGAAUGGGACCCGUUCUCAGGGCUCCAUGACUGGCCAUUGUUCGGCAUGACAAGGGGACAUCCUGAGAGGCGGCCUAGUCUUUGGAAGCCCAAUCUCGGGGCUCGAGACAGGCAGGUCGAGGGUCGGUGUCACGGCAGGAGACCCGUGUGUCGUCAGAGAGGCCGGUAUAAUCUCUUGCUGUAGGCCUGAACCCAAGAUCUUUGCGAUCUUCCGGAACAGAGCUCGUAUAAAGUGACCAAACAGGCUUUUUAACAUCAUAAACCAGUGGGUUGUCGUUAUGUCUCCCGCUCACUGUGAAAAUGGGGGACACCCCCCUCUCCCUUAUUAGGAAGGGAGAGAACCUGUGGGUUGCUGAAUGCCGGAUGAAUUGUGACAGCCUUUGGGGUAACUGCAAGGUCCGUGUCUUUGC